AUAUCUAUCUUUACAGAUAAUAUACCUUUCAAGCCUGAAGCUUAUCCAACCUCUAUAUUUUCUAUGUACUUGUAUAUAACAAUCUAAUAAACCACCAUUUUAUAUGACAUCCAUAGUUGAAAGGUUAAAAUCAACAAUGUCUUUCUCGUUAUUUUCCAUUCUUCUAGGUAUUCUCUCUUUAGCUUUCUUCUUGUUUUCUUUGAGAAGAUGGAGGUUUUCCACCAAAAGGACACAACUUUCUCGGCUUCCAACUGUUCCAGAGGUACCAGGAGUACCUUUGCUGGGAAACUUGCUGCAGUUGAAGGAGAGAAAACCAUACGUUGUGUUCACCAAGUGGGCUGAGAUUUAUGGGCCGAUAUAUUCCAUUAAGAGGGGAAGUCGAAAGCUCGUCGUUAUUAGUUCCAGCGACAUUGCUAAAGAGGCUAUGGAAACGAGGUUUGCAUCCAUAUCGACAAGGAAGCUACCAAGCGGACUGAAAGUUGUUACUAAUAAUAAAGGCACUGUUGCUACAAGUGAUUACGAUAACUUUCACAAGAUGGUGAAACGAUUUGCAAUAUCAAACGUUUUGGGUGCUAAUGCUCAGAAACGAUCUAGUUGGAAUAGAGAUCUUUUGAUUGGGAACUUGUUGACCCAACUGCAUGCACAUGACAAGAGCUUCCCCGGCCAGCCUAUAAAUUUCAAGAAAUUAUUCCAAUCCGAGCUUUUUAGAUUUGCAAUGAGACAGGCUUUAGGGAGAGAUGUGGAAUCUGUUUUCGUGGAUGAGCUUGGGAAAACUUUGUCAACAGAGGAGAUAUACAAGAUUAUAGUUUUAGACAUGAUAGAGGGUGUAACUCGAGUGGAUUGGAGAGAUUUCUUCCCAUAUCUUAAAUGGGUUCCCAACAAGAGCUUCGAAAUUGAUAUCCAGGAAAAGAAUUUUCGCAGGUUUGCAGUGAUGAAUGCCCUUAUCAGAGAACACAAGAAAUGGGUUGAUUCUGGAGAGAAUGCUACCGGUCGUUAUCUUGACUUCUUGUUGUCAGAAGAAGGAAAAUCACUUACAAAUGAACAACUUCUUAUAUUACUAUGGGAGACAAUUGUUGCAGCAUCAGACACAACUUUGGUAACAACUGAAUGGGCUAUGUAUGAACUUUCUAAAGACAAAACAAGACAGGAACUUUUGUAUAAAGAACUCCAAAGUGUGUGUGGGAUAGAGAAGAUUAAAGAGGAACAAUUAACCCAACUCCCAUAUUUGAAUGGCGUGUUCCAUGAGACUUUGAGGAAACACAGUCCAGCUCCUUUAGUUCCAAUACGCUAUGUACAUGAAGAUACCCAAUUGAGAGGCUACUAUAUUCCUUCUGGAAUCGAGAUUAUGAUAAACAUCUAUGGAUGUCAUAUGAACAAAAAUCAAUGGGAGAGGCCUGAGCAGUGGAUGCCAGAGAGGUUUUUAGAUGAGAAAUAUAAUAUCUCGGAUUUACAGAAGACGCUGGCGUUUGGGGCAGGAAGGAGGAUUUGUGCAGGUGCUCUCCAGGCAAAUUUGAUAAGCUGUGUAGCAAUAGGUAAAUUCGUACAAGAAUUUGAGUGGAGUCUGAAAGAUGGAGAGAAAGAGGAAGUUAACACUCAUAGCAUCAGCUCUCACAAGCUCCAUCCUUUGCAUGCAAUCAUAAAACCAAGAGGUUAAACCAGUAUCACUCUAUUCAUGUUAUAUACAUAUGUAUAUGUAUAUGUAUAUAUCUAUGAAUAUCCUUUGUGGGCUUUCCAAAUCGAUCUCAGUUACUGUUUAUAAUAUUAGGUUUUGCGAAACCUCGCUAGUUGCUCUAUUAUAUAUGUUCAUGAUGAGAUGAAUAAUUUAUUGUUAUUGGGUCCUAGAACCCCAAACUCCUGCAAACAUUCUAGUUUUAAUGAAUAAUUCUGUCAGAA